AUGUUUAGUGGUAUUGAUUUCCUACUAUGCUCAUCCUAUGCCAUAAUUUUUGACAUAACUAGAAACUCAACCAAGAUACCAGGAAAAUCGACGCCAGCUAAUUUAACUAAGUUACCAGUGAAAAAGCCACGUUUCACUCAUAAACCAAAACCAACUACGAGGCAAGUGAGAAUAGCACCGUAUCCUGGUAAAAGUAUUUCUCCACAUAAUAGAGGUGUGCACAAGCCUCAUAAGAAUCACUCAGGUGUAGCGAUCAAAGUAGGAAUUCCAAUGAAUUAUCGUGGUGGUUCCAAACUGGUAAGCGAUAACUCAUCACUAACGGAAGUUGACAAACCUGUAGUGGAAAGAAUUAAAAACUUUACUAGAAGUCGACGUGAACGACGUAAGCUUCUGUUUGCAUAA